CAUAAGUGAAACACAUACGAGAGUGACAGCUUGCUUUUUUUUUGUUAUUUGGUCUGAAGAGUAUAAAGUGAAAACUGCGUUUCUUAUACAAUUAUUUAACAAGAACAAUCAUGAAGUUUCAAUACAAAGAGGAGCAUGCAUUUGAAAAGCGCCGCGCCGAAGGCGACAAGAUCCGCCGUAAAUAUCCUGACCGUGUGCCUGUGAUUGUUGAGAAGGCACCAAAGGCGCGCAUCGGUGAUUUGGACAAAAAGAAGUAUUUGGUGCCAUCGGAUUUGACUGUCGGCCAAUUCUAUUUCCUCAUCCGCAAACGCAUUCACCUGCGUCCCGAGGAUGCACUCUUCUUCUUCGUGAACAAUGUCAUUCCCCCAACAUCUGCAACCAUGGGCUCCCUUUACCAGGAACAUCACGAGGAGGAUUAUUUUCUGUACAUAGCCUACUCCGAUGAGAAUGUCUACGGCAUGGACAAGUAGAAAAUUGACUGCAUCUCUCCCAUGCAACAAACAACAACCUAUACAGAAAAUUCUAUAUAUACAUACAUACAUAUAUUUUACGUUUAGCAAUGCAGUUUAAAAUAUAAUGCAAAAAAAACGAAAAUGGAAAAGAAAAAAGAAUGAUAGCUAAACAAAUUGUGCAGGUCUAAGGCAGUAAAGUAAAAUAACAAACAAAAGAAAACAAAAAAAGAAAUAUUGAGGAAAAGAAAAACACCACAAAAACACAAUUAAAAAAUUCUUAAAAAAUUUAAACAAAAAAAUCCAAGACAAAUGUUAUGUGAAAAUUAUUUGAUAACAACAUUUUCUAUUCGCGCUAGUAUUUGAAAAUUACCUAUGCUUUAACAUUAUUUACUUGGCACUAGUUUGUUCAGUUUCUCCCCUUUUAAUGAAUAUAUAUUUUUUUAAAUCUUGCAAUUCUCUUGUGUAUCGUAGAAUUUUCAUGUUUGAUGAUGUAGACAUUUUACUUCAUUUGAACUUUAUGUGUAAUAAUACAACAAAAUUUUGUGCAUAUUUAGUGUGUAUGGUUACGAAUAGGACUCUCUCGGUUAAGCGUACAAUAAUUAAUCUAUUAUUAAUUAAAUAAAUACAAAAAAAUAUAAAAAAAA